AAUGAUAUUAAAGAUGAUGAUAACCAUUACGACCUAGAGACUGGCGUCACUUUGAAGAGUGAAAAUCUGCAUGUCUGUGUUACUCCCACCCGGAAUAUGAUGCCAGGAAUGCAUGGUAUUGGUGGCUUCAAUUAGCCAAUUCGCUUCAACUCCCCCACCAGCUACUUUAGCCCUCCCGGAGAUGUUUAAGGGUCCGAAGCAGCAACCUUUGACGCCCUGCUUUUUAAGCUGCUUGGUUGCUUCAUAAUGACCAGUCUCCUCCUUCUCGCCUCUGAUAAUAUCUCAUCAUCCACCUUGCGUUUGCCCCCUUCUCCUUGUCUUUUCCAAGAGCUUCUCAAGCCCUACCCUUGGAGUUUCACUAUUCAUCUCAUUUCAAGGGCGGUAACUAAAUAUAUGAAUUGAGAAGAGUGACUUUAUUUAUUCAUCUACUUAUUCAAGCCGAGCAAAAUUGCCCUUCAACUCGAAUUCUAUAGCUUUCAUGCCUCUUCAGCUUACAUGGCCACUCGACACUGGCAGACGUUAAACCAGAAAUAACCGUAUAGCUUUCCCCUUGGAGUACUAAAUAUCAUGGGUUUAAUCGAGGCUCUGUUGGAGCAUGCUUCCAUCAAGAAGCUCUUCAUCGCCUUGGUUGGCAUUGGAGCAUUCUUCAUGACAAUCAACCGCACAAGGGAGCAUCGACGGAUCAAGAAACUCGGCAAUUAUGGCCCUUCGCUCCCAUCCCGGUUCCCAUUCGCCCUCGACUUCAUCUACUACGGCAUCCGCGCCACCAUUGCCCACAAGAACAUGGAGCUCUGGAGAGACGUCUUCUUCGCCAACUCGUGGACCUGCGAGAUGCGCAUCCUCAACCAGCGCGUCUGCUUCACCGCCGACCCCGAAAACAUCAAAGCCAUGCUGGCCACGCAGUUCCACGACUUUGGCAAGGGCGAGCAGUUCCACAGAGAGUGGGCGCCCUUCCUCGGCGACAGCAUCUUCACCACGGACGGCAUGCAGUGGCACAACAGCCGCCAGCUUAUCCGGCCGCAGUUUACAAGGGACCGCGUGAGCGACCUGCACUGCUUUGAGUCUCAUAUCCAGACGUUGUUUAGGACCAUGGCGAAUGGGGGCCCGUUGGAAGGCGAGAAUCAGGUGGUUGAUCUUGAUCGUGCUGACGGACGACGGAUGGACAUUCGCGACCUCUUCUUCCGCUAUACGCUCGACGUUGCUACCGACUUUUUGCUAGGAAGUGACGUGAAAUCCCUAACAACUCCAAAACAAGAGUUUGCCGAAGCCUUCAACGAAGUCCAACGCGUCCAAAACAUCCUCGCCCGCGCCUACAAGCUCCAGCCCUUGAUCCCCAAAAAGUCCUACCACGACGGCCUCAAAGUCAUGAACCACUUCGUCAACCACUUCAUCCAGCGCGCCCUGCGCAUGAGUCCCGAGGAACUCGCCGCCCACACCAAAUCCGACAAGGACUACACCUUUUUGCACGAGCUCGCCAGCUUCACCCGCGAUCCAAAAGUGCUGCGCGACCAAAUCGUCGCCGUCCUGCUCGCCGGCCGCGACACCACCGCCUCGGCCCUCUCGUGGGCCAUCUACGAGCUCGGCCGGCACCCUCACGCCGUGGCCCGCCUGCGGGGCGAGAUCCUCGAGACCAUUGGCCAGGACCGCCUCCCCACGUACGACCACCUCAAGGCCAUGCCGUAUCUCAGGGCCGUCCUCAACGAGACGCUCCGCCUCUACCCGUCCGUGCCGUUCAACGUCCGCGUCGCUCUCAAGGACACGACCCUGCCCCGGGGCGGCGGUCCGGACGGCUCCGAGCCGCUCCCCGUUCUCAGGGACACGCCCGUCGGAUACUCAACGCUCGUCAUGCAGCGCCGCCCGGACCUGUACCCGCCCGUCUCGGAGACGUUCGCCGACCCGAGCAUCUUCAGCCCCGAGCGCUGGGCCGCGUGGCACCCGAAGCCGCACGACUACAUCCCCUUCAACGCCGGCCCGCGGAUCUGCAUCGGCCAGCAGUUUGCCCUCACCGAGAUGGGCUACACGCUGUGCCGCAUCUUUCAGAGGUUCGAGCGGGUGCAGAGCUUCAUGCACGAGAUUGACGGCGGGGAUCCGCUGCUGAAAUCGGAUAUUGUGCUGUCUCCGGGACAAGGGGUGCAUGUGGCGUUUUGGGAGCCGAAGAAGGAGGCGUGA